UAAGAGCGACCACGCCGAGUUAGCCGUUGAAUAUUAAACUCGGUGGAUCUAAGUGCAGGAAACGCUAAAAGUGAUGUCAUUAGUCUCGGAUGCCGUCUCUGUAUGUAUUACACUUAACAUUUAAAGAAACACACAGAAGGGGAACAAAAUGGCAACAACAAAUGACACAGUAAAUAAAGUAAACGAAAAGAACCUAGCAAAUCGAAGAUGCAGCAAGUGCAACGAGACCGUCUUCCAAAUGGAGCGAAUAUGUGCAGAGGGUCUAGCAUGGCAUAAAAAAUGCUUCCGAUGUGUACAGUGCAAUCAGCAGCUCAAUGUAGAUAAUUACCAAAGUCAUGAACGCACACUCUACUGUAGGAUUCAUUUUAAGGAGUUGUUUUUACCCAAACCAGUGGAAGAUACCGACUCAGAGAAACCACGAAAGCCGGAAUUAAUAAUCAGAGAAAACGCACCGAAGGAACCGCCACCGGAUACAGUAAGAGCAUGCGAGAAGCCGGAUCUCGGCUUGAAAGAACUUUCCGGCCUGAAUGUCAAAGCUCGGUUUCAAGUUUUCGUGAAGAGCAACACGGAAACGAAUAACGAAGCCAAAAGACAAGCGUCGCCAUUGCCGAUCAGGAAAUCGCCCAGCAUCCUCAGCAAAGUAGCCAAAUUCCAAGAAAAAGAUACAAACGUCGGAGUCGCAAAUGAAUCUUUAUACGGAUUAUCUCAGGAUGAUUUUAGAGACUCUGAGGAGAUCGAUGACAGUGAGGAUUUAGAUAGCGAGUUGUUGAAGACUGAUCACAUCGGAAAAGGAAGUGGUAUGACUUGUAUAAACGUGGAUGACAUUAAAAAUCGCUGGGAGUCGACGUGUCAACAAAAGCACGAUUUAAAAAGAGAAGCACCUAAGGACGAAAUCGCAGGGAUUCGAUCAAGACUACUCUUGGGGAAGCAAAGCAGGAUGAAGGAAAUGUACCAACAAGCUAUAUCCGGAAAUGAUAACAUUUCUAAAACAAAUGCGGCAGAAGAAAUCGGAUGCGCCGUAAAUGCCCGUUCUAUCAAGGAGAGAUUCGAAAAAGGAGAGAUAAUUCUUCCCUCGGGAGAUGAUAACACAAAUAAGCCCUCGGCAGAGAAACCUGACGAGGAAGUAAUCGCAGCAGGUAUCGGAAGAGAGUCUCGAUUGCUUUUCCUGAAACUGGACGCGAAUGCAAAGACGGAAAACUCGAUACCACUAAGCACUUCGAAAUCAUCAGCAGAAUUGUCGCAACAUGGUCCAGGAGGACACAGGCGUUUGAUGUCGCAGACGUCUGAAACGGAAGAUAUCGUUCGCAGUACGGAUGUCAUCGAGGACGUGACAAUAGCGACAUCGGAUAUCGCUAAAAAGUUUAAUUUUUUCGAGACCUACAAAGAGCCAGAACGUCAACGGAGACAAUUUAGGAUCACGCCGCCCCGCGAGGGCCAAGUAAAAAUGGACUCCCCGGAGUACGAGGUGUACCGUGAUCCAGAAAUCGUCCGAAGCGACGAAAAAGUCAAUGACGUCGUCUGCUCGGGUACAGCGAAGAAAAUGUUAAAUGUCUUCCGGCAGAUGGAAAAAAGUGCUAAUUAUUCCGUCCCCGGCGAAGUGGAAGCAGACCAGGAUACGGCAGAUUUCGCUAAAGAAGGCUACACCUUCGACGAGAUUAAUCCGAAAUAUUUCCGGAGUUCCUCCAAGGUGGAUGACGAUUUUUUAAAAGAGGCGCAAUGUUCAGCCAGGGCCAAAACGUUACGCGAGAAAUUCGAGCACUGGACUUCGGCGGAGGAGAAAAUAAGUACUCAGAGUACUGUCGAGGAAGAGAGUACCCAGAGUAUCAGUACCGAGUACAAAGGGGAAAAUACGGCGAGUAUCAAAGCUCGUUUCGAAACCCUCGGAUCACAAACCUGCGACGUCCGUCGAGCUCCUAAAGUCAAAGUCAACCGAUUUGUCAUGAGCCACGAGUAAAAAAUAUUGCAUAAAAAGAAAGAAAGAAAAAAAAAUCUAGUGCUUAAUUCGGUAGACCUUUUUAUCUCCAUCGACAGUAAGACUACAUGUGCGGUUAAACGUUAUUGAAAGAAGAGCGAUCCAGUGUGUAUUGUAUAAGGCGUUUGAGGUAAACGGAAUGUUAAUGAGUUCGGUAUUUCUUGUUAACAUUGUUGCUACUCACAGUAAUAAAGAGAGACCCAAGGUGACAAA